CAGACGCGCGUCAAGUUUAGAACGACUCCAACUGACCAGAUAGACGCGCCUGUUCUUAUCCAAGAUGCCCGAAAGACGCGUGUCAUCAAUUAAACCUCCUUCACAAUCGUUAUCAGGAGACGAGGGAGACAUGGACCUCAAGGACUCUCAAGGCACCAGUGAUGACCACAACGAGGAAACGUUCGCCGUCAUCGCGGCAGAGUUCAAAGCGACAUGGGAGAAGAAGUUGAGAGGACGUGACAAUAAGAUAAUACAGACAACGCAAAAAGAACUCAACCUUGCUCUCCAGAACAAGGAAACUGAAAUCGCCAACGUCAUAAACGAUAUGGAAACCCUUCAUCAGGAUUUCCUCAAACAAUAUGCGAUUCUGGAAGACAAGAAGCGCAAGAUAACAGCUGCGAUCGCUGAAGCACAGGAAGAACUUAUACCACUCGCGAUCAAACGCCACCAAGCGAUCAUCAGCCUUGGACACGAGGUGGAGAACGGGCAACUGGAAGGAAUGGCCCUCAUCAAAGGUGCUUGCCAAUCCACCCGAGAUGUUGCCCAGGAGCUUGGGACGUUGCACUUCGAUUCCUGAAUGAUACCCGUACUAGAAUACGGCCAGCCAGGCCCACGUCAGUGGACCGUAUUUAUGAACUGCUUGACAUGUCAGGCGUUUCAUCCCCGCUACUGUAUCACCUGGGCUUGGCAUGCAGCAUGCUGCUGAAGAUCAUACACAAUA